CCUUCCCACCCACAGGUCCCUGAGAUCAUCAGUACGCUGCGUCAGGCUGGGAAGAGCUCGGCGCGCAAUGAUGACCUCACAGCCCCCAAACCCGCCGCCUCUUCCUCAGAAGACUGUACUACCUCCUCCUCCGCUAAUUCCUCCUCUUCCUCCUCAGUCUCCACGACAACCGCGUCCACCAACGCCGUCUGCGCGGCCACCAUGUUUGCCAAGAGGUUCGAGGUUCUGUUCUGUGGAAGAGUGACCGUCGCUCACAAGAAAGCCCCGCCCGCGCUGAUCGACGAGUGCAUCGAGAAAUUCAGCCAAUCCAUAGGGGCCGGGGGCGGUCCUAAACCAGAAAGUGGCGGGGGAUUGAUGGGCGGGCUGCGGAGAGCUCUGACCUUACCGACGCUAACGCAUAACGUUAGAACGGGGGAUGGAAGAUGUAGUGGGAGGCCGUUGGUGUUUAAACGAGACCCCAGUUUCCCCUGCCUCCAGGCCCUGGAUGAGAACGGCCUGUCACCUGAGCUACACACACAACACCAGGCUGGAGUACAGCCCACCAGUCUGCAGGAGAACAGGACCAUGCUGUUCAUGGUGGGUCAGUCUCAGAUCUUCCUGGUCAGUCCAGACACUAAGAAGGUUGCCAUAGAGAAGAGCUUCAGAGAAAUAUCUUUCUGCUCACAGGGUAUUCAUCAUGUGGAUCACUUUGGGUUCAUCUGUAGAGAAACAGUAGAAGGAGGGAGCUGUACGUUUGUCUGCUAUGUCUUCCAGUGUACUGAUGAAGCCCUGGUGGAUGAGAUCAUGUUGACUUUAAAGCAGGCGUUCUCUGUAGCCGCCCUGCAUCAGAGUGUGAGGACCAAGAGCCAGCAGUGUGACAGUUGCCCCAUGCAGCAGCUGCACAGGCUGUGUGAGAGGAUAGAAGGUCUCCACCCGUCUAAAGCCAAGCUGGAGUUCCAGAAACAUCUGGCCACACUAGACAACCAGGAGCAAGCUGCCGUGUUCGAGAACAUUGUGAGGGCCAGUCCUAAGAGUGAUCAGGAGGAGAAUGAACUGGUGAUGGGGUCUUUGAGGAGUCUGUAUGAAGAGAGACAGAAGACUCAUCAACACACAGACUACAGACCGGUACCAGAGGCCCCCUCCCCAGCCCCAGUAGAGGUCCAGUCCAGUAGUAGACAGAGAUUAGAGCAGUUUAAAACCAGAGCUAAACGCUCCCUCACAGAGUCACUGGAGGGCAUCUGGAAGGGCAGUAGCAAAGCCAGGGCUCAGAGAGAGAACAGUGAAGGAGACAGCAGUUCAUCUAACUCUACACUCAACUCCACUGGACAGGACCCCUCCCUAGAAGACCCUCUCUCCUCCCCCCUCCCCUCCUCCAAUCCUCUCAGGUCUCACAACUCUACGGGGGACCUGAAACGUCUGGACACCUCUCCUCUCUCCCUCUCUCCCUCCUUCUCGUCCCUCUCUCUGUCUUCCCGGGACACACAGCAGUCCCAGCCACGUGACUUCAGGCGGAGAGCCAGCACCUUCAGCCACCCCGCCACCCCCUCAUAUACACACACACCCCAGGUCCCCAGCGGCUCCACCAAGCCCAAACUGGUCCGACACUACUCCGUCAGCACCGACACUCCUCACCAGAGCAAAAGACUCCAAGAGGAACCUACUCUUCCUCUCCCCUCCUUCCCCUCUCCUCUUCUCUCUCCUCGACCCUCAUCCCCCUCUCUCGGGGGUCGCCUGGCCAAACGAAAUCCUCUGGGUGUUCUGCGUACUCGUCUCGUCUCCUCCUCCUCUGUUCCUAACUUCCUCAAGCUCCUCGCUCCUGUCCAUGAGAACCACCCCUGUGACUUAGACAAGAGGAGUGACGUAGCAGCCCUGUCCAGUCCGGUAGCGGCGUGUGUGGUUGGAGACAGUCCUCUGCGGAGACACUCCUGGAGACAACAGAUCUUCCUACGCGUUGCUACACCGCAGAAAAACACUGACAGCAAUGGUACGUACACACACACACACACACACACACACCCCUGUUUGAGUAAGGAGGGGUGCCUGUCUUGGAUCAGAUAAGGAUGUGUGUUCUUUAUGUUAAUAGGCGUCCUCCUGCUGCAUGUGGGCGUCUCACAGACCAUUUCAA